GAAAUUGCAUGCUCUAAAGGUUAUUAUACCUUAAAAGAGACACACAGCAUUAUAUCCAUUAUAGCAACAGCGCGUAGACUCAUAUGGAAUUGAUUUCGUUACAUUUUUUUAGUGCAGAGUAAUCUACAAUGAACGAUCGCUGUGAUGUUUAUGUACUCGAUAUCGCGUCAAACUUUCGGGACACCUUAUCAUAUUCAAUAAUCGAAAAUAACAAAGUGAAUCAACGUAACAUUACAUUGAAAGUACAUUUUUAAUUAGUGACAGUCGAAAUUUAGUAACCAAUUGAAUGUGCCAACGCGAUUAUAACGAGCUCCACUCAGACCACAGAAUUUUUUUUACUAUUGAAAAGUGAUGAUAUAGCAAAGAGAGAACCAAACCAAAUCAAACAUGAAUCGUAGAUCGUCUAAACCGAAUCGUUACCUACAUAUCAUUAGCGUAGCAAUUGUUGUCUUCAUUUUAUAUUUGGUGUACACAAAAAGUACAGCCAGUAAAAGUGACACGUCUAGUCUUAGUUCAGAGCACUUAGAACAUUACCAUAAUGACUUACUACAAACACCAAAAAAUUAUCAUCCAGAGCGUUUGCAUGACUGGAUACCAGCACCGCGUGUUCCAGAAACACCAGGAGCUCCCGGUGAAAUGGGCAUUGCGUUUACUGUCCCUGAAUCAAGAGAAGAGGAAGCUAAGGAAAGAUUCACUGAACACGAAUUCAAUAUUGUCGUUAGUGAGAUGAUAUCGGUGAAUCGAUCUCUGGCAGAUAUACGACAUCCAAAAUGUUUAGAAAUAAAAUACCCAUCAAGACUGCCCACCACUUCCAUCAUCAUAAUUUUCCACAACGAAGCAUGGUCCACACUAAUCCGAUCCCUGUGGAGCAUAAUCAAUCGAUCGCCACACGGACUUGUCAAAGAAAUCAUCCUCGUAGACGACAAAAGUACUUUCGAUUUCCUCGGCGAACAAUUAGACGAAUAUGUGAAGACGCUGCCGAUCGAAGUCAAAAUUGUUCGGAUGGAAGAGCGACUGGGUUUGAUUAAAGCGCGUCUGAGCGGUGCUGAAAUUGCUCGGGGUGACGUUAUCACAUUUUUGGAUGCUCACAUUGAAUGUACAGAAGGAUGGUUGGAACCUUUACUGGCCCGUAUAACAGAAAAUCGCCGAAUUGUGGCUAUUCCAGUCAUUGAUAUUAUCAAGGACAACACGUUGGAGUAUGUGAAAGCAAAUUCUGAACUUUGGGGCGGUUUCGAUUGGAAAUUGGGAUACAAAUGGGUCCAAAUACCACCGCGAGAAAGAAAUCGCAUCCAGAAUAGUACUACCGCACCGCUCUACACGCCAACGAUGGCAGGUGGUCUCUUUUCGAUUGACCGAGAAUUUUUCUACGAACUCGGUUCAUAUGACGAGGGUAUGAUCAUCUGGGGAUCGGAAAAUUUAGAACUUUCAUUUAGGGUGUGGACAUGUGGAGGCAUCCUCGAAAUGAUACGAUGUUCUCGAGUCGGACAUAUCUUUAGGAAGAAGACACCGUAUACGUUUCCAGGUGGUGGAGCUAGCCAUGUUGUCAACUACAACUGUAAUCGAUUGGCCAAUGUUUGGUUAGAUGAAUGGAUCGACUUUUACUAUCUGAUCAAUGCAGAUCGUCAAAAAACGUUACCUGGUGAUUUGAGCGACCGGAAGGCUUUGCGCGAAAAUUUGAAAUGCAAAAGUUUCAAGUGGUACAAAGACAACAUCUAUCCGGAAAUGGAUUUUCCGAGAGAAAGCAAAUACAUCGGCAGAAUACAGAGUGUGGAUGCCCAAGGCUGUCUCGUCUCCUAUCAAGAGAAUAAAGAAGCCGUUCUGCACGUCUGCCACGAGACCAUUGACAAUCAAGUUUUCGUACUGACAUCCCUGGGCGAAAUUCGCAGUCACGACCUGUGCAUGGAUGCGGCUUCACAUGACGGAAAAGUUAUCACGUACAAAUGCCAUAAAUUGGGCGGUAACCAGAAAUGGACGUAUAAUCCCAGGACACAAACGUUCCAGCAUCAUGCUGGCUCAUGUCUACAUCGGGACACGGCUACUGAACCGUGGGUGAAUGUAAAACCUUGCGAUGGAAGUCGGCUGCAGCAGUGGAAUCUGCUUAACAAAAAUUAUGAAGUAAAAACGGAAUUGUAAAUUCGUCGUCGUAGUUGUCACACAGGGAAUAUGAAUCUGCAUAGCAGUACAAUUAAAUGAAAUUUGAUUCUCAA